AGCCAUGGCGGUUCACUCUAUUUCAACGCUCUCCCUCGUUUUGUGCUUCUCAUCCAUCAUUUUGCUACUUUUUUCUUCUCAUGCUCAAGCUUUCAAAUACUGUGAUAAGAAUGCAAACUAUGCUGUAAAGGUGAGUGGAGUGGAAAUAUUACCUGACCCUGUGAUUAGAGGAGAGCCCUUCACCUUCAAGAUCGCAGCUUAUACUGGCGAACCAAUUCCUAGUGGUGAUUUAGUAUAUGAAGUUUCAUAUGUUGGGUUAGAAGGACCUCCUGCUACAUAUCUCCACGAUCUCUCUGAGGAAACACCCUGUCCAGUUCCUGCUGGCAACUUUGUGCUCAUUCACACCGAAUUUAUGCCUAAAGAUACCCCACCGGGCGCCUAUACCAUUAAUGUGAAGCUGAACUUUAAGGAUCAUAACGACAAGCUGUUAACCUGCAUUAUCUUUCCCUUCAAAAUUGGUGCCGAAUCUUCAGCGUCUGCUGUCUGACUGUUCAGUUCAAAAAUGAGUGAAAUCUAUUUUUACCUAAAUAAAUUGCCCCAAAUGUACUAAAAAUAAAUAAAAUAA